CUGUAUUCCUCUGUCCCUCUUCCUUUAAAUCUUCUCGAGAAAACCAAUGGGGCUUCAAUCUUUUCCUAUCUCUGAAAUGGACACGACCGAAGAUAUGCACGAAGCCAUGUUCGCGAAGCAAGGUUGUUGUUUCUUCCUCCCAUGUCUCGGCUCAUCUCAACCGUCUGGUCCAAAUGGUAACGUAUGGUGGCAACGAAUCAGAACCGUUGAUAAGUUGGAGCCUGACGAACGUUGGUGGAUGUCAGGUUGGAAUAAGAUGAGGGAAUGGUCUGAAAUCGUGGGUGGCCCCAAGUGGAAAACAUUCAUCCGCCGUGUUGGAGGAGACAUGGGUAGUAGUAGGUCGGAUCAGGUUAGUUUCCGGUACGAUUCAUCGAGUUACUUGUUGAAUUUUGACGAUGGUAAACAGAUGGGUCAUUUCGAAGACGAGUUUCCUUACCGUGAUUACUCAAUGAGGUUCACCGCACUACCGUCUCUGCCGGUCUCCACCAAAUGCUCUAUUGAUUUUGACAACGAUAACUACGUCACCGCCAAUGAUUAA